AUGUCAUCUACAUCAAAGUAUAUAAUUGAAGUUAAAAUAGAUGUUAUAAAAACCUUAAAACUUCUUGGAAUAACAGCAGGUGCUUUAACAGCUAUUGGUCUUGGUACAUAUUAUAUUCAUCAACGUAUACAACGUUCUAAACGUGUUAUAUUACGUGAUGAAGUUAAACAUGUUCUUGAACCAUUUGAAUUAACAGAUGAACAACUUCGUCGUGUUAUGGCAAAUUUAAAUACAGAAAUGAUAAAUAGUUUAAAAUCUGAUGGUGAUAUUGAUAAAAAUGAUUUAGGAAUGUUUCCAACAUAUGUUCAUCGUGGACCAAAUGGUCAAGAAACAGGAGAAUAUUUAGUUGUUGAUUUAGGUGGUUCAAAUUUUCGUGUUUCACAUGUUGUUAUUGAAGGACGAAAUCGAAUAAAUUUAAAAAAUAAAAUAUUUCUUAUACCACAUUCAUUAUUAUUAGGUGAAGGUGAAAGAUUAUUUGAUUAUAUUGCUGAAUGUUUACAAAGAUUUAUUGAUGAUAAUGGUUUAAAUUUAAAUAAACCAGUCGAUUAUACAUUUGAUUUAGCUUUUACAUUCAGUUUUCCAUGUAAUCAAACAAGUUUAAGUCAAGCAACAUUAGUAUCAUGGACAAAAGGUUUUAGUUGUACCGGUGUUGUUGGUCAUGAUGUUGUACUUAUGUUACAACAAGCAAUUGAUCGACGAAAGAGUUUGAAAAUUCAAGUUGUGGCUUUAGUUAAUGAUACUGUAGGUACAUUAAUGGCAUGUAGUUCAAUAUAUCGUGAUUGUAAAGUUGGUGUUAUUCUUGGCACUGGAACAAAUGCAUGUUAUUUUGAAAACAUUGAAAAUGUACCGAAAUGGACAGGUGUACGAAAUCAAACAACAAAACAAGUUGUUAUCAAUACAGAAUGGGGUGCUUUGGGCAAACAUGCUUGUCUUGAUUUUAUUCGAACAAGUAUUGAUCGUGAACUUGAUGAAUCAAGUUUAACACCGAAUCAACAAGUAUUUGAAAAAAUGAUUUCUGCUCUUUAUCUUGGUGAAAUUGUUCGUUUGAUUAUUGUUGAUUUAGUUCAACGAUCAAUUCUUUUACCAGGUCGUAUGCACAAAUCUCCAAGUCUUGGACGUGAUUAUAAUAUUUUUCUUAGUCUACGAGGAAGUUUCUAUGCAAAACAUGUUGCCGAUAUUGAAUGUGAUACAACGGAAGAUUUAUCUGUAACGUCAUUAAUUCUUACGUCAAUUGGUAUUCAAGAACCAUCCUAUGAUGAUUGUUAUAUUAUUCGUGAAGUUUGCAAAACAGUAUCACUGCGAGCAUCAAGAUUAGCUGCAGCAGCUAUUGCUGUUCUUGUUAAUCGUGUCAAUCUACCUUCGGUAACAGUAGGUAUUGAUGGUACACUUUUUCGUCAUCAUGGAAAAUUCAAAAAAAAUCUUACUCGUACAUUAAGUCGACUUGUACCACGAACACAUCGUUUAGUUCUUUCUGAAGAUGGUUCAUCAAAAGGUUCAGCUUUAGUAGCAGCUGUUCAUCGAUAUACGAACGAAAUAGCUACAUCUUCAUAA